GCCAGCAUGUAUUGGUAAUCUCAAUUUCAAAGGUGAUAGGGACGAUGCAAUUUUUCAGUCAGUAUAUAAGGGUUAUAAGUAUGACUACUUCAGUGUCUAUGACUUAAGAGGCUUCACCUUUGCUACCAAAGGAAAUAUCUACACGUACGGUCGCAAUUUCUUCAAUUCAAUGGCUGGAAUCGACUUAUCUGCAAACAUGUUGGGUGGAGAAAUUCCUUGGGAGCUAGGGAAUCUGAGGCAUAUCAAAUCCCUUAAUCUGUCCAGCAAUUUCUUUGUUGGCCCGAUCCCAACAACCUUUGGCGGCAUGGAGGAGAUAGAAAGCUUGGACCUCUCCCACAAUGAGCUGAGUGGACCAAUGCCUUGGCAGUUAACCCAGCUAUCAUCAUUGGGGGCGUUCUCUGUGGCAUACAACAACUUGUCAGGAUGCAUACCAAACUCUGGUCAGCUCAGCUCAUUCAGCAUGGACAGCUACCUACCCAACACCAACCUUCACAACAUUACUCAGGGGGAUACCUGUGCUGCUCCCGGUCCAGAUCCUGCUGUGGGGAAAGAUGUGGAAGAGACGCCCAGUGACCCAGUUCUAUAUGUGGUCACAGCUGCCGGCUUUGUGUUGGCAUUUUGGGCCACUAUUGGAUUCUCGUUUUGCCAUCCUUACGGAAGAUCUGUAAUGCUCAAGUUGUAGUGCUUGAGCCAAACAUCCGCACUACAGUCAUGUACUAUAAUCUUUAAAUGUAAGAUCCACAGAGCUUCCUUAAGUUUCUUUCUGGCUCUAAUGUAACCUACUCUACUUUGUAACUGAUUGUACUACUUCUUAAAGAGAAUGUAUCAGACCCUUUACAUAUGCAGCAAAUAAUGGAGGUUCAUGCAGUCAUGCUGGCAAAGUCGCCACUAAUUCAUUCUCUUGCUUGUUCUUGAUGACCUUUCACCCUUUUCCAGAAUCUGAUCCUAUGGCCAGUGGCACCAGCAUACCUCCUUUGCAAUCAUCAGCCACUCCACUAUUUUUAAACUUUUUGCUAAAAAAUAUUUUAUCA